CUGGCAUUGUUCAAUUCGUUAUGUUGCGCUAUGUCUUGAAGUGGGCGGUGAUGCCCUUGCUGCUUGCAGUCGGGCAGUCGGGCGUGUUCUACUCCCCACGGCACAGCCUUUCAUUUCCCCUCGACGACUUGGCGACUAUUGACAUUGCUCAAAUCACACGGACGAUUGAUGCCGACCUUGCCAGUAUCAAGCCGUACUAUGGCCUUGUCCGCACUGCCCAGUCGACUUAUUUUGGUGUCGAUAUUGCACCCAUUGCCAAGAAACACAGCCUCCGCCUGUUCCUCGGUGUCGACUUUGGCCAAACCUCUCCUGACUCGAACGACUCGUAUGAGGAUCAGGUAGCCGCUGCGAUUUCCGCUGUUCUCACGUAUCCUGGCACGGUUCAAGCCAUCAUUGUCGGCAAUGACAACGUUAGUCCGUACGGCAGCGCCACGGCCCAAGACAUCACGGCUCGCGUGACGGACUUGAAGAUGCGGCUAGAAGCUGCAACUGGGGUAGCUGUUCCUGUUGGGACAUCACAACGGGCUGAUGCAUGGCUAAGCGCAGAAAGUGAUCUCAAGAGUCUGGCCUCGGCCGUGGACAUCAUUGGGGUCGAAACAUAUCCGUACUUGGACCCAGAUUACUCGUCGUCCAGUCCGCUCGAUCAGCUUGAAUCGACGUGGGUCGACUUGGCCGCCCGCUAUCCUGAAGAAAAAUUGAUCAUCACGGCAACUGGGUAUCCGACCGGCAGCGAAAACCCCCCGGUGCGAGUGGCGCUGAACCAGGAGAAUGCGAAAGUGUACUUUCAGGCGUUCACUGGUUCCACAUUCGCUGGAAUUUGGGCGGCGUUUUUUGACCUGCGCUUGGAUGAUCCCCUCACGCGCAUCGGGAUGCCCCAAGUCAAGUCGUUUGGGUUGGUCACCGACGCAGGCACCGCGAAAGAUCUCCUCCCGACGUUGGAGCUCGAAACUGGAGCAUUCACAAUGUUCAUUCCAGGGGUUUGCUAUUCGCCGUUCCACAACUCAGCGUACCCCCUGAAUGGGGGCUCCGCGGCGCUGCUGGGAGGCGCCAUGGACGAGGACUUUAAGCUCAUGUCGCGGCACUUUUCGGUCGUUCGCACGUACUAUUCGUCGUACUUGGGAUAUCAAGUCGUCCGAUAUGCCGCCAAGUACAACGUGGGCCUGUACCUCGGCGUGUUUAUGACUCGGGAGGCAUGGUACCAAUUCCAGAUCGACGAUGCUGUUGGCGCCGCGCUGAGCUACCCGAGCACCAUCAAGGCGAUCUUGGUCGGUAACGAAAACGUGAUUCCGUGUGGCCCAUACAAGGCCGACGACAUCAUUGCCUCCAUCAACACCAUCCGCAGUCGCAUCCAAAAGGGGUCUGGUCGCUACGUUCCGAUCGGCACGGUGCAGCGGGCGACUGAGUGGCUCAACCCGAACCUUCGUGCGGACAUGCUUCGGCUGGCUGCGAGUUGCGACGUCAUUGGCGUCAAUAUCUACCCCUUCUUCGACGGCAACUACGACGCAAGGAACCCUCUGGGGCUCCUCGAUGCGAUUUGGAACCAAUUGCUCGCCAUAUACCCCGCGUCCAAACUUCGGCUCACCGAAAUUGGGUUCCCCACGGGGGGAGCUGCCCCGUCGUUUGCUCCUCGGAACAUCCCAAGCCUGGCGAAUUCGUUUCAGUUUUACAACGCGUUUCAGAACUGGAGCCCCAAAGCCGGGGGAGGGGAGGCUUUUUGGUACUCCAUGUUUGACCUCCGACCCGACGACACGACUCAGUCGGCCGACUUGGAAAAGCACUUUGGCUUCUUCACGUCCAUCACAAGGUUGCCGAAACUGGCCAACUACCCACUACUCCGCCAAGAUCUUCCAGCUCCGCAGCCAACCUCCCUACCAGUACCAACACCGCCUCUUGCGCCCGUUCCGACGCCAACAACGACCACGGGCCAGCGUGGUCCGCAAGGGGUCGCGUACUCGCCGUUUCACGCUGAUGAAUAUCCCAACGAUCUCAAGAACAUCGGAGCUGCCAUUAGCUUGGACUUGCAGCUCAUUCGGACGCGGUUUUCCGCCAUUCGCACAGAAUACUCCAACUUUUAUGGUAUUGACGUUGCGCCAUUUGCUGCGGCCGUGGGUCUCAAAUUGAUGCUUGGCAUCGGGAUGACUCGGGAGGCGUGGUACGAAGACCAAGUGCAGAGUGCCUUAAGCGCCAUCAAGUACUUUCCCAGUACCGUGUUGGCCGUGACUGUAGGCAGCGAGAAUGCCUACCGCGGGACGAGCUUCACUGCCAACGAGAUCGGUGCGGCCAUCCGUGCCGUUCGAGACCGCAUUGCUCAAGCAAAAGCAACCGCCGUCAGAGUGGGCACCGUGCAGCGGGCCACCGAGUGGCUCAAUCCUGCGCUUCGAACCGACAUGAUCCGCUUGGGCCAAGAUUGUGACGUGAUCGGCGUGACGUUAUCCCUGUACGACACGGACAUAGUCAACUCCCCCGACGCUGUGACAGCUACGCUGAACCGUUGGUGGAAUGACUUGUCGGCCAUCUACCCCUCGUCCAAGCUGCAACUCAUGAACAUUGGGUUCCCCUCCAGCGGAGCGUCUUCAACAAAAGGAAACGUCGCUGGAGUAGACGGCGCAGUGGCCUUCUACAAUGCGUUCCGAGCGUCGUCUUGGGGUCUGUCGACAGCGGUGCCGACGUGGGCGGCCGAUUUCUUCGACGAUAAAGCUACCAGCAUCAGCCCAACAAAAUCCUACGGGUUCUUCACGCCUCAGCGUCAGCCCAAAGCAGUCAACUUUCCAUUGCUUCGUACUGGAUAACAUUAUUCAUUAAGUUCACUUGCAAGUUGGGCUAAAGCAAAAUGCACGAUCUGAUCGACCACACCAAGGUACUCGUGCGAGAACGUGCG